AUGCGGGAGAGGGAGACGGGGGUAAACGGAUUCGAGAGUGGGAUUGUUAAGAUUCGGAUCGAGUGCUCGCGGUUUGUGAAUUAA